UGUAAUUUACUGAAGCAGAGAGCAGCUCGAAGCAAAUGGAUUGAGCAGAUUGGAGCUGCUUUGCUGGUGUUUUCUUUGAGCUGAAGUUUGGUUUAACUGGACAAUUUCUCGGAGUUGGGGGAUUGAAUGGAGUUGGAAACCAGGGAGAUAUUUUCCACCCGGACUGACUGAAAUUUCCAUCCUGAGGUUGUUGACAGUAAUUGAAGUCUCCUGUACAAUACGAACUUGGACGAAUGUGAGAGGGAACUCAAGAGUCCUCCUGCCACAUCAAGGACCAAACCUUCUUUGCCGCCACAGCGUGUCCUCGCCUCCUCUCCAACAUCGCUUCUUGACAUCCCGAUCUAUUGCUCUGCGUAUCUGGAACAGUCGAGAUGUGAGGCCCAGCCGGACAGCAGCAUCUUCUUCCCAGUAGAAAUGGGUGACAAGGGUAACAGUUGUCAGACCCCAUGCUCGGACAUCACUGACACUGAGCAGAGCAGUACUGGGGAGAGUCCAAGCAGCUUCUUCAGCGAUGACGAUACCGCAGAUGACUAUGAGAUGAUGCUGGGCCUCACCCCUGGCUCCAAUUCGGACGAUCUGAGCCUGGCCGAGUUGAAAAUGGACAACGUGCUACACUAUCAGGACGCCAAGUCUUACGCCAAGUUGGAAGAGUCACACUCAGUCCUGAAGCAUGUGAACAGCAGCCAACUUUGCCCACUAAUCAAAGCGGGCUGGUUAGACAAGAACCCUCCGCAGGGUUCCUACAUUUACCAGCGAAGGUUUGUCAGGCUGGACUCUGACUACCUGAGGUACUUUGAGAACGAUAAGGAAGUUUAUUCCAAACGCGUUAUCUCCGUCAAAUCCAUUUCCCAAGUUUCAUGUGUUGGUGACCAGAAGUUUGAGGUGAUUACAUCGAACCGAACCUUUGUGUUCCGGGCAGAAAGUGAUGGAGAAAGGAACGAUUGGGUUCGUGUGAUCCAGCAGACUGUGGAGGAGAAGAGAGAGAGGAGGGAGCUGCAGGCAGCUCAUGUUUCAGAUUAUUUCUUAAGGGAUAGCGUCUCGGACACAGGGGAGAAAUCCGGCUACCUGGAGAUCCGAACCUCGCGGCAUAAAGUUUAUGUGUCCAUCCGCGGAGACAAGGUGUGGCUAUAUAAGAAUGAUGAGGAUUACAGAGUGGGGAUCGGCAUCACCUCAGUGGAGAUGAAUGUUGCGACAGUGAAGGACGCGGACAGGCGAGGAUUUGACCUGACAACUCCUUACAAAACCUUCAGCUUUGUAGCGGACACGGACAGUGAGAAGGAGGAGUGGGUUGAAGCACUGCGAGAAUCCACCGCUGAAGCUCUGUCCAACUAUGAGGUUGCUGAGCAGAUCUGGGCAGUCGAGUCGAACACUCACUGUGCCGACUGUGGGACUGCCAAACCUGAGUGGGCCUCUGUCAACCUGUGCCUGGUGGUCUGCAAGAAAUGUGCAGGAGAACAUCGAGCCCUGGGUCCAGGGAUUUCAAAAAUACGGAGUCUGAAGAUGGACAAGAAAGUCUGGACUGAGCGGAUGAUUAAGAUGUUUCAAUGCAUCAAUAAUCAGAAAGCCAACCAGUUUUGGGCAGCCAAUGUCCCACCGAGCGAGGCCAUCAAUGAAGCAAGCAGCAGUCAGGAGCGCAAACGGUUCAUCAGCGCCAAGUUCAGGGAGGGGAAGUACCGCAGAUACCACCUACUGUUCGGGAAUCAGGAGGAACUGAACAAGGCUCUGUGUGCGGCUGUGGUCACCAGUGAUCUGGAGGAGACCAUGUCGCUGGUAUUCUGCGGGGCCGACGUUAGCUGUUUCUCAGGUGACCCUGCCCUCCCCUCUCCUGUCACCCUGGCCCAGCACGCGGGCCAGAGUCUCCAGGUGGAGUUCCUCAACCAAAACAAAAACUCAGAGACUCCACGUUUGGAUCUAGGUUAUUCUGACAAGCAGUAUUAUGUAGCCCCUCAGUCCAUCACUCACAAUGGCUUCCUCUACAAGACAGCGUCCAUCAGCAAACCAAUCACUGACAAGAAGCCCAAAGAAGAGUUCAGCAAGCGAUGGUGUGUCUUGGAUAACGGUGUCCUCAGUUACUACGAAAGUGACAGGAACUCAACGCCCAAUGGAACCAUCGAGAUGGGUGAAGUUGUGUGUCUUAGCGUCAACAGUCCGGCGGCACAUGGGUUCGAACACACGUUUGAGGUGUUCACUGAUUCCGAGCGUCUCUUUAUGUUUGGGACAGACAGCGCACAGUCCAAUAAAGAGUGGAUCAAAUCCAUCGCCAAGUCCUUCCUCCCGGCCGGGAUUGACCUAAUGAAUCAUGACUUUGAGCGAAUCGGACGCCUGCAGUACAAGGAUGGACUGAACCUGGAGCAAGCCAAGGUGGGCUGGUUUGCGCUGGUGAGCUCCACACUUUUCGCCUGGUUCCAGGAUUCGGACAAGGAGGAGGCCAUCAACCUCCGGAAGCUGCAAGAGUUGUCGGAGCAGUCUGACCACGAGGUCCUGGUAUUGGUGGAGAAGAGACGGACAUUGUACAUCCAGGCAGAGAGGAAGCUGGACUUUAUUGGAUGGAACAAUGCGAUCCAACGAGCAGCUGGCAGCACAGGGAACACUUUAGCAGAGCAACAGCUGACAGAUGAAGACAUUCCAGUUGUUGUAGAGCGAUGCAUCGCGUACAUCACACAAUACGGUUUGACAGCUGAAGGGAUUUACAGGAAGAGUGGACAAAAAUCAAAAACCACGAACCUCUUGGAGACGUUCUUGAAGGAUGCUCGUAGUGUCAAGUUGAGGGAAGGGGAGCAUCACGUCGACGAUGUCUCCAACACAUUGAAGCGCUUCUUCAGAGAGAGUAUUGGAGAGAGCAUCUUCACAGACCAGGUCUAUCAAGAGUGGCUCCACACCUCGAUAAUUCCUGAAGAGAGACAGAAGAUCCUGCAGUAUCAGAGGCUCUUCAUCUGUCUGCCAAAAGUCAACCGUGCAACACUCAAAGCCUUGAUCAACCAUCUCUAUUGUGUUCAGAGGCUAUCGGACAAGAAUCAGAUGACCAUGCACAAUCUGGCCAUUGUGUUUGGGCCCACGCUCUUCCAGACCGAUGGACAAGACAAUAAGGCAGGUCGUGUGGUGGAGGAUCUCAUCAAUCAUUUCAUUGACCUGUUCAAUAUUGACGAACAGCAGCUGAAGAAGCAGCUCGAUGAAAUUGUCAGCAUCAUUAAACUGCGAGAUGUGUGUUUGAUGCAGUCCAGCCAGAAUGCUGGUGACUUUAUCUGCACCGUGUACCUGGAGGAGAAGAAAUCGGAAUGUGAGCUCAGCUUGAAGGUCCCAGCGACCAUGACAGCCCAGCUAUUGACCGAUGAGAUCCUCUACCUGCGGAAGCUGAUUACCAAGGAGAAAGACAACUGGUGCUGCUUUGAGGUGAUCGAGAGGGAGGAAAUGGAACGACCACUACAUUACACAGAGAAAGUCUUGCCUAUUCUACACUCGCUGGGCGCUGACAGCUAUUUAGUGGUGAAAAAGAAUAUCGCCAUGGAAACCAUGUUGAUGUACCUGGCCAGUAGGGUGUCUGAUCAGAAACACGGGAUGGUGAAGUUCCGGGAGGAGAAGAAGCUCGGAUUGGGAGUGGGCAGCUUCAGUGACCGUUACUUCAUGUUGACUGGCUUCACCCUCCGACUUUACAAGGAAGUGCGGAGUAAUAAGCCUGAGAAGGAAUGGCCUGUGAAGAGUCUGAAGAUCUAUCUCGGAGUGAAGAAGAAAUUCAGACCACCCACAUGUUGGGGUUUCACCAUUGUUUAUGAAAACAAAGAAAAACAUGAGAGGAAUCAGUGGUAUGUGUGCUGUGACACUCAGAUGGAGCAGCGAGAGUGGUUUGCAACCUUCCUUUAUGUACAGCACGAUGGGAACGUGUGGCCCUCAAACUCUCUGUGUUGUCGGACAUCCCGCUUACCUCCAGAUUCCAGGUUUAGUAACAUCUCCCUGAUCCCUCUGCGGGGAAAUGCAAAUGAAAUGAGGAACAGUGUGGCUGCUUUUGCUGCGGACCCUCUCUCCGUCUAUAAGAAGGUGUGAAUGCCUGUCGUACACUUAAGCAGGGAACUCGGAAUCUGGGAGCUGCAGAAUGGAGAAAUUGAAAGGAGAGGGCGGGAAGGAGAGAGAGAGAUGGAACAGAAGGUGGAGAACGAGCCCCUUCCAUUGGCCACCAGACCCUCACGAUUCCCUUGCAACUGAAGAACUGACACUAUAGAAUCGCAAGAGUUCUCACGAGAGCUUGGGACCGAGUGCCAUCAAGAAGGCUGUUUUGUUAUUUAAAAGAUUUUAAUACAUUGUUGUAAAACUGUU